AUGGCGGCUCAAUUCACCGAGGAUAAUAUCCAGGACCUCAAGUUCCGCCUGGAAGAUGCGGCCAUCAAGUGUUCCGAGCGCUGUUUAUACCAGUCCGCGAAAUGGGCCGCGGAGAUGCUUGAUUCCAUACUCCCUAUUGACCGGUAUGACACGGAUCCUGAGUCCCCCAUGGACAUCGCCGAUGCGCCUCCGAGUCCGCCGAACCCGUAUCUCCGCACCCAGGAUCCUAUCGAAGCUACACUCGAGGCCCAGGAAUCCUACAAGUAUCUGUUAGCAAAGUCCUACUUUGACACACGUGAGUACGACCGCUGUGCGGCGGUGUUUCUUCCUCCCACAAUUCCAACUGUGCCACUUUCCACUUCGUCGCCGCAUAAUCCUAAAUCGAGGCCGUCCUUAACGCCCCAGAAGGGAAAAAGCAAAGCAUCUCCCUAUGCAGGCGUCAAGGAUCAUAACGCAACUCGCAACCCGUACCCUAAGCUCAGCCAAAAGGCCCUAUUUCUUGCCUUGUACGCCAAGUAUUUGGCUGGGGAAAAACGCAAGGAUGAAGAAACAGAAAUGGUCCUGGGUCCUGCGGAUGGCGGAACCACAGCGAAUCGCGAACUGCCCGAUUUAGCGCGAGGAUUAGAGGGAUGGUUGACUGAGCGCCGGGAGAACGGACUAGAAGACAGCAGCCAGGGCUGGCUGGAGUAUCUCUAUGGCGUUAUCCUUCUCAAGGGGCGGAACGAAGAAGAGGCCAAGAAGUGGCUCAUGAGGAGUGUUCAUUUGAAUCCGUUCCACUGGGGAGCUUGGCAGGAGCUAAAUGAUUUACUUGCCAGUACCGAAGAUUUGAAACAAGUGAUCGACAUUUCACCCCAGAAUAUCAUGACGCUCAUAUUCCAUGUGUAUUGCAGCCAGGAACUGUAUCAAGCAACGGAGGAAACCUACCGAGCUUUGUCCGACCUGGAAACAAUCUUCCCCACCAGCGCCUUUCUGAAGACCCAGAGGGCGCUGCUUUACUACCAUUCGAAAGACUUUGAGGAAGCCUCGCGCAUAUUCACAGACAUCUUAGUCACAUCACCCCACCGUCUCGACAGUCUCGACCAUUAUUCCAAUAUCUUAUAUGUCAUGGGGGCACGUCCCCAGCUCGCUUUCGUCGCACAAGUAGCAACCGCAACGGACAAAUUCCGCCCCGAAACGUGCUGCGUGGUAGGGAAUUACUACUCCCUCAAAUCCGAACAUGAAAAGGCCGUCAUGUACUUCCGCCGUGCUCUUACUCUCGACCGAAACUUCCUCUCCGCAUGGACCCUCAUGGGCCACGAAUACAUUGAGAUGAAAAAUACUCACGCGGCGAUUGAAUCCUACCGCCGAGCGGUUGACGUCAACCGCAAAGACUACCGUGCCUGGUACGGACUAGGCCAGGCAUACGAAGUACUCGACAUGUCUUUCUACGCAUUAUUCUACUAUCAACGUGCCGCCGCCCUACGACCCUACGACCCCAAGAUGUGGCAGGCAGUCGGAUCCUGCUACGCCAAAAUGGGUCGUGUCGAGCAAAGCAUCAAGGCGUUGAAACGCGCCCUAGUCGCCGGCUCCUAUUAUGCAGAGGAGAACACCUCCCAAGUGAGUGGAUCCGGUCGCAAGAUACUCGACCCGGAGACACUACACCAAAUUGCUACACUCUAUGAAAGGCUCGGUGAAGAAGAUGAAGCUGCCGCUUACAUGGAACUCACUUUACAGCAGGAAUCAGGCCAGAUACCCAUGGAAGAAGAGUCUGAAUCCUCGGAUAAUGAACGCGAGAACGAAAAUGACGACGAGCAAUCUACCGGCGAGGGACAUUCGAGUUUCCGUCGUGCUCGACACUUCUCGUCAAUGGAUAGCCAAAACAAUGACGAAGAAGACACAUGGCAUGGGACAGGCGUCACGGCUACGACGUCCAAGGCCCGAUUAUGGCUUGCUCGGUGGUCGUUGCGCACCGGGGACCUCGAACGAGCCGAUCAACUGGCCGGUGAGUUGUGUCAAGAUGGUGUGGAAGUCGAAGAAGCAAAGGCUUUAAUGAGAGAUGUUCGAGCUAGACGCGAAGGUGGUGAGUGA